AUGCAAUGUCUACUCUGCAAUCAUCCUGUGGAAGACGUCACUCAUAUUUUCUGUAAGUGCUCAGUGGCUUUUGAGAUUUUCAAGGCUCCACCUUUUCACUUGCAAGACUUUAUGAUUCCACCGCUUCACUUUAAAGACUGGAUGCUGGAAAGAGCGAUCAGUUUAAAGCCUGAGAUUUUUGCAAAGCUACUGAUGAUAGUUUGGGCCUUAUGGAAGAAUCGUAACAGCUGUCUCUGGAAUGGGACUAAGCAGACCGCAGUGGACAUCUAUCUCAGCAGCCUUGCAUGGCUUGAGGAAUUUCAAAAGGCUAGAGCUACUCCCAGUACACAAAGUAAUGCACAGCAAAAACACACUUGGAAGCUAGUCGCCAAUGGAGCUUUUAAACUCAAUGUGGAUGCUGCGUUUCUACCCCACCAAACAAAAGGGGGUAUUGGAGGUGUCAUCAGAGAUGCCACAGGUCAGUUCUUUGCUGCUUUUGCUGGUCCCAUUGCGCAUACUGCGUCGCUAAAACAGUGUGAGCUCCUCGCCAUCCGAGCGGGGCUUGAUCUGGUACAAGCACUACAACUUCAAAAAGUGAUAGUUGAAAGUGACUGUAUGGAAGCUGUAGUUGAAGUCCAGACAAGAGAUCAUGCUUUACUCGCUAAUGGAGGUUUAGUUGAUGACAUUAAAUAA